CUCUGUAUCUGUGAAGUGUGAACCCAAACCGCAUAACAUAAGAAGAACAGUGCCAUUGAAGUGCAUGAUCAGACGCGCAUGCCCUCUUCGAUUUAUUUUCUUUUUUCAGCUCGCUUAUCCAACCAAACGCGGAAGUCAGUGGACAUGACGCAUGAUAUCAGAUGGGGACUAUGAAAUAAAAACAAAAACACUCGGGUAAAGACGAGGUUUGGAUUAGUGGUUCCCCCCAUCAUGUUGGUGCUGGUGGACAAGCUUCAGCUUCAGAGAGUGUGAGCUCCACUGAACUGCGGGGAUGAACAUGCCAUUGCACCAAAUCUCUGUCAUCCCUCGUGAUGUCACUUCCUCCCGGGUGUCCAGCAGCGGAAGGACAAAGGAGAAGGACAAACAGAAUGAGAAACCGCUUGGUCAUUCUGCAAGCAGAUCCAGCAACAUUUCAAAGGCAGGAAGUCCAACCUCUGUAAAUGCUCCCUGUGUCUUCCCCAGGACUUCAGUGACACCCUCCAACCAGGAUAUAUGCAGUUCAAAUGACCUCGCUCAGGACGUGGGCUCACAGAAGCCCUUACAGGCUACUGUAGUCCUGUUGAACUCUAAUGGUAACAUCUCAGCAUCACAGAGUGUCACCAUGACAACACUCUGUCUGGACUCUCCCACCAAGCCCAAAAGUAAGACCUUUUUUGGCACGGAAUGGCUCUACUUACUCAAACCACCAGUCAGCCUAAAACCAGAGGGAAGCAGUCUCAAGUUCUCCAAGUCUCUGAAUGAUGUGGGCCAAAAGGUGGAUAGCCUGUGUACUGGUCUUCACUUUAUAGACCGCACAUGCUCAGAUGGGGAGCUGGGCGCGGAGAAAGACGAGCACAAGGAAGUUGGCCACACCAAAGUCCUUAAAGAAAAAGACAACUUAACUCCACCCUUUCCAUCUCAGCCUCCAUCCUUCUUCAACAACUAUAAAUAUAUCUCUACUCACAGGACAGAGCACUGCCUGGCUCCCUCUGGUCCUCCCCAAUCAGACCUCCAAAGAAACUCUAAAUUCCUACAUCUCUUCUUUCCAUUCGCCCACUCUUCUAUCGCAGGAAGCUUUCAGGUGUCUGAGAUGGGAAGCCACGCCUCCAGUUUGCACAUCGCAAAGUCAUCUAGUGCCCUUCUGGAGGUCAGUGAGUCUUGUUGUUUAGAGGAGGUGGGAGAUGACGAGGUGUUCGAGGAGGACUCGUCCAGGUGGAAGCUAAAGGCAGAUGGAUUGAGGGCUCCGCUUUGUUCCCUUGAGGAGGACAGCGACCUGAAUCAGUGCUCCUCUCCAGUGUCAGAGAAAAAUGGGCUGCUCUCACCCUACUCCCUGUCUGGGGACUACUGCAGGAUUUGUCACUGUGAGGGGGAUGACGAGAGUCCACUGAUCACACCCUGUCACUGCACCGGGAGUUUGCGGUUUGUCCAUCAGUCCUGCCUGCAGCAGUGGAUCAAGAGCUCGGACACACGCUGCUGUGAGCUCUGUAAAUAUAAUUUCAUCAUGGAAACCAAGCUCAAGCCACUCCGCAAGUGGGAGAAGCUUCAGAUGACAGCCAGCGAGAGGAGGAAGAUCAUGUUCUCGGUCACGUUCCACGUCAUCGCCAUCACCUGUGUCGUCUGGUCGCUCUACGUCCUCAUUGACCGCACAGCGGAGGAGAUCAAACAAGGGAUAUUGGAAUGGCCUUUUUGGACCAAACUGGUGGUGGUGGCCAUAGGCUUCACUGGUGGACUGGUGUUUAUGUAUGUGCAAUGCAAGGUCUACAUCCAGUUAUGGAAGAGACUCAAGGCCUACAACAGAGUAAUAUAUGUGCAGAAUCGCCCAGAGACCUGUAAAAAGAAUGUUUUUGAUAAGCCCUCUCUUCUGGAGCCAAACUUGGAGAAUAAAGAGGCAUUUGGUCUGGCGCAGUCAGACACAAACUCUUCCCAGUACACAGAGACAGAGGACUACAGUAUGGAGAUACUGCAUGUGUGAUCAUACGGCCCACAUACGCCCUCUAGAGGACCGGCUGGUGCAUUGCAUGCUCCAGGACAGAUGGGGAAGCCACACAGCACUGGGCACAAGGACUGAGACUGAACUCAUUUUGUCGUUUAGAUGUUCUGUUUGUUUGUUUGUCUGAUUCCUGUGAGUUGUUGGCUAACCAUAAUGAAUCAAGUGUGCGCUAGAUCUCGGAGCAUUCCAACUGCCAUUGUACUGCUGUUGUACAAGAUUUGAAAUCCACCAUUCAGGCUGAGUGCAUACGGAAGUGUGUGCACCGGUUCUAAUGGAGUCGCAUACAGCAUAAGCACUUUUUAUUUCCCUGUUCUAAAGAUCCCUGUUUUAAUAUUGUUAAAUUCCUUUAUACAUGGAUAAGACAGUAAAACAAAUUUGAAGUUUUGCAAUCAAGAUCUCAUUUUAUAUAGCUGCAUUUGUAUGAUCCCUUUGGCUGGAACAAAAAAGGAAUUUUGAAGGAGCGAUGAGGGAACAUUCAUGUCUUAUUUAAUCAUUCCACUUGACAGAAAACUCAAACAAAGUACCUUCUGAAAUUAGUCAAUGUGAUAUUAAAAUGACGAUAGCUUUUGUUUUAUAUCAGUUGAUUACUAAAUAAUCUGAAAAAUAUGAAGGCUAAUUAAUAUAUUUUUCCUGUCAAGGGCUAGAUUUACUAAAGCUAACUGUGAAGUGCUACAACUCUUAGCGUGUGCAAAAACAAUAUCAUGUGGUGACUUGUCACUGGCUAUGCUGCUGAUUUUUGCAUUUGCUAAAGAUUUGCUUUAGUAAAUCAGGCCUCAAAUAUGUUGAAGGUUUUGGGAAUGUCAAGAAAUUCAGUUUCUACCAGUUGUGAAAUGAACUCCAGUGUAGCAUCAUGAAACAUUUGCAAUGAAUCAGUCAUGGUUUCUAUGUGUGAAAGAUACUUUAUAGUUAUCUUUAUUGAUUUGCUUAAUUAUUCAUUUUACCUUGCCUUUUAUGGGAAAAUUUUCUAAACACAUUAUGUUCUGUCCUAAAUCCAAUUUGUUCAAUUUCUUUCAUUUCUUUUCUUUUAAAAAUUAGCUUUGACCUCUACCAUUAUUAUAUUCCUGCAUAAAAUUUGCAUCGAUUUUAAAUCAAUAACAGAAAUGGAUGAUGUACGGACAUUGUUCAAAUGAUGUUCAGAAUUUGACUUGAAUUUGUUAGCAGCACUAUUAACAUGUUCUUUUGUUUGCUUGGGUUUUCCAAAACAAGCAUAGCAAAUUUCCCAUGGUUGUCAUGUCAGUUUGUAUUUAUUAUAUAUAUUUUUAGUGUUUAAAUGGCUUUCAGUGUUGGGAAAUAGCCAUGUUAGUUUUGUCCUUCAUUUUAACAUAUUGAUCCUUUAUUGACCUUGACAUGCAACUGUGCUUAACAUAGCUCUGGCAGCGAUAAUCUACACAAGUUAUGCUCUCUAUAAAUUAUGUAUUGUGAAUACAUUUUUUUCAUAAUCUGAUAUUUUCAAAAAGGUACAGGAUUCUUCUGCCAUCUAGAGCUACUGCACAAACAAUGCACAUUCAAAAAUGUUUUUUAAACUUCUUUAUGAUUGGCUUUGUGUUGUUUGACCAAUAAAAAUGUUCAGUUUGUUAAUGACAUAA